AUGGUGAGGCUCGUGCUGCCCAACCCGGGCCUGGAGGACCGGAUCACUUCCCUGGAUGAGCUGGAGAGCAUCGAGGAGAAGGAGGCCAGCUCGCGGCCCCAGUGGGACAACAAGACCCAGUACAUGCUCACCUGUGUGGGCUUCUGCGUGGGCCUCGGCAACGUGUGGCGCUUCCCUUACCUGUGCCAGAGCCACGGAGGAGGAGCCUUCAUGAUCCCGUUCCUCAUCCUGCUGGUGGUGGAGGGCAUGCCCCUGCUCUACCUGGAGUUCGCCAUCGGCCAGCGGCUGCGGAAGGGCAGUGUGGGCGUGUGGAGCUCCAUCCACCCGGCCCUCAAGGGCGUAGGCAUCGCCUCCAUGUUCGUGUCCUUCAUGGUGGGUCUGUACUACAACACCAUCAUCGCCCUGGUCAUGUGGUACUUCUUCAACUCCUUCCAGGAGCCCCUGCCGUGGAGCCAGUGCCCGCUCAACGGGAACCACACAGGCUACGUGGAGGAGUGUGCCAAGAGCUCCUCCGUGGACUACUUCUGGUACCGAGAGACCCUCAACAUCUCCACCUCCAUCAGCGACUCGGGCUCCAUCCAGUGGUGGAUCCUGCUCUCCCUGACCUGUGCCUGGAGCGUGCUGUACGUGUGCACCAUCCGUGGCAUUGAGACCACGGGGAAGGCUGUCUACAUCACCUCCACGCUGCCCUACAUUGUACUGACCAUCUUCCUCAUCCGCGGCCUGACGCUGAAGGGUGCCACCAACGGCAUCGUCUUCCUGUUCACGCCCAACGUCACGGAGCUGGCCAACCCCACCACCUGGCUGGACGCGGGCGCCCAGGUGUUCUACUCCUUCUCGCUGGCCUUCGGAGGCCUCAUCUCCUUCUCCAGCUACAACUCUGUGCACAACAACUGUGAGAUGGACUCUGUGAUCGUGUCCAUCAUCAACGGCUUCACGUCCGUGUAUGCGGCCACCGUGGUCUACUCCAUCAUCGGCUUCCGGGCCACCGAGCGCUACGACGACUGCUUCAGCACGAACAUCCUGACCCUCGUCAACGGGUUCGACCUGCCCGAGGGCAACGUGACCCAGGAGAACUUCGCAGACAUGCAGCGCUGGUGCAACGCCACAAAUCCCGUCGCCUACGCGCAGCUGAGCUUCCAGAACUGCGACAUGAACUCCUUCCUCUCCGAGGGUGUGGAGGGCACGGGCCUGGCCUUCAUCGUCUUCACCGAGGCCAUCACCAGGAUGCCAGUGUCCCCGCUGUGGUCCGUGCUCUUCUUCCUCAUGCUCUUCUGCCUGGGCCUGUCCUCCAUGUUCGGGAACAUGGAGGGUGUGGUGGUGCCCCUGCAGGAUCUCAGGCUUAUCCCCAAAAAGUGGCCCAAGGAGCUGCUCACAGGCGUCAUCUGCUUGGGCAUGUACCUCAUCGCCUUCGUCUUCACGCUGAACUCCGGCCAGUACUGGCUGUCCCUGAUGGACAGCUACGCCGGCUCCAUUCCCCUGCUGAUCAUCGCCUUCUGUGAGAUGUUUGCUGUUGUCUACGUGUACGGCGUGGACAGGUUCAACCGGGACAUCGAGUUCAUGAUUGGCCACAAGCCCAACAUCUUCUGGCAGCUCAUGUGGAGAGUGGUCAGCCCCAUAAUCAUGUUGGUCAUCUUCCUCUUCUACUUCGUGAUCCAGGUCAACAAAGAGCUCACGUACAACGUCUGGGACCCUAGCUACGACAAGUUUCCCCAGUCCCAGCAGGUGGCCUACCCAGGCUGGGUGUACGCCGUGGUGACCAUUGUGGCUGGGGUGCCGUGCCUCACCAUUCCCUGCAUCGCCUUCUACAAGAUCAUCAGAAACCAUUGGCGGAGGCCAGGUGACCAGCAAGGGCUGGUCAGCACACUGUCCACAGCCUCUGUGAACGGAGAACUCAAGUCCUGAGUGGGCCCAGCCCAUAGUCUGCAGCCGAUAGUGUCGGGAGGAAAGGAGCCACAGGACCUUGAGGUGGCAGGGCUGCAGUGUGCGUGUGCAUGAAUGCAUGGGUGUGUACAUAUGUGUUGUCCAAGUGUGUUCAUGCAUACAUGCAGGGGUACACACAUGUACAGGUGCAAAGUGUGUGGUGUGUAUGUUAGAAUGCAUAUAAACACGUAUGUGUCUGAGUGUGUAAGUAUAUGUGUGAAUAUGUGUGUGUUGUGCAUGUAUAUAUACCCAAGCACAUGUUUGUGUGUACACGCAUGGUAGUGUAUGCAUGCCUGUACGUGUGCAUAAGCACACGUUUUACACACGUGUAAAUGUUUAUGUGUGAGCAUAUGUGUGUGUGCAUGAAGGUGUGUAUAUGUCUGUGGAUAUAAGUUGUGCACACACAUGCAGGUGAACAUGAACAUUAUGUUGCAGAUAUGUGUGCACAUGCAUAUGCAGGUGUGUGUGUUUGGGUGUAAAAUGUGUCUGUAUGAUGUGGGUUAUGUAUAUAUGAGUGUAUGUGGGCCUGUGUAUUGUGCACACAGAUAUUUGUACAUAUGCACCUAAGUGUGCGUGAAUUGUAUACACCUGUACCCAACUCACAAGUGUGUGCCUGUGCCUAUUCCUGUAUGCAUACAUGUGCUUAUUGCACAUAUGUGUGAAAAUGUAUGUGUUUACAUGUUCCUGACACGUGCCCCUUUUCAGGCCUGGCCACCGUAUGCACUGUCCCUCAUGUGGACAUGGUGGUGGGGCAUGGACUGUGGCCUGGGGCAGACCUGGCUCAGGACUUGCCUGACCUGCACUGCCCUGUGAAGAGUCCAAGACCCAGGUGAGGGAGGCCAAGUUGCUAUGCUCCCUCUGUUGCGAGGCAGGAGACAGAGCGUGAGCCGCCGGCUGGUCUCCUUGGAAUUGUCCCCGCUGCCCACCCCACACUGCUGGCUGCCCUGGACCAACGGCCCCUGAGGGAAAGGUGUGGGCCCUUUUGCUCUUCAAGGAGAAGUGUGAGGGGCAUGGGUGGGCGAGGCUGCGGGCCUGGCUGGGGGACUGACCGUUUAAUCAUUGCUGCUGGCUGCACAGCUCAAUGGGCAGCUCAGCGGAGCUCAGCCCGGCCAAACCGCAGCAGGAGCCACCUUGUGUGUUCUUAAGGGACGUUAACCCCGUGAAUUUUUAGCCAGACGCUGGAGGAGAAAGGUCAAAGGGUAACUUGGCCUGAGCACUGUGGUUGAGGGCACUCUGAGAGUCCUGGGCACUUUGUCCACCCUAUGUCGCUCGGGGAGCCCGGGGUCGGCGCCUGCGUUUGCCCCGUGGUGGGUGUCACCCUGGACCUCUCCCUCAUCUCAGCCGGAGGCACUUCCCACUUUGGAUGUUUGCUUCAGCAAGCUGGCUGCCUCCGCUUUUCAUGGAAAAAACUUCCUGAGGAUUCUCUCGGCCAGUGUGGGAGGUCCUGGGGGGCCUGGCACCAUGUUCCUCCAGCUCAGAGACACUCCACGUCACUCCCCACCAGACUCCAGCUCCAGCCACGCGACCCUGCACACCCAAGUCCUCUUACCAGGCACUCUCCAUCAUCCAGCUGGCCACCUGGGACUGUGAUCUGCAGAAAUCUACCAAAUCAGGGGGACCCAGGGGCCCAGGCUCUGCCCCAGGCCUGGUGACAUGCCCCGGAAGCUCAGCCCAAGAAGAUGGAGGGUCCCAUCUGGUCCCCUCUCCCCACAACCUCCGACUGGGAAGCCGUUGAUGGAUCCAUACCCACCAGUGCACUGCCCACGGUGUCCCGGAGGCCCCGUGGGGUCUCGGACGUCUGUGGUGUCUCCUGGGCAGCUCUCUGAUGGCUUCUGUGUGGGGUUGUGGAAUAAAGCAGGCCUGUUUAAUA